CCACCUUCGUUGCUCUCUGGAAGAAAGAACUGCUCGGCUCUCUUUCCCUCUACACGUCGGAGCAGCUCCUAGACCGCCGUCGACGCCGACGUCCUUCUCUCUCACUCUCUCCCUUCUUUCUUGCUCAGACGCCAUUCCAACACUUAUUUUGAUAAGGGAAAGGAAUAGUGUGUGAGAAGAGAGACAAUUGGACACUGUAGAGGCGUUCUUAUAUGAGCUAAAAGUGAACCUUUCGCGAAGAAUAAGGAGCAGCAGCAGCAGAAGAAGAAGAACAACAGAAGCAAGUGAGUCAAAAUGGACGAGGAGCAGGUAGUGAAAUUUGUGGAAACAUACCUAAAGAAGAAAGGGUUCAAACAAGCAGAGCUUGCUUUCCACGAGGAAGUUCAGAAGAACUCAAAUGCCAACUCAAUCAAGAUCCACUCAGAUCCUGAUCUCUCAAAUCUGAUCCUCUCACUUUCAAAGUCAGGGGAUGAUCCAGGACAGUACCAUGAGGAGUAUGGCAAACUAAGAACAUGGACCUUCAAUUCGCUUGAUUUAUACAAGCAUGAAUUGCUUCGGGUGCUUUAUCCAGUGUUUAUUCAUUGUUAUAUGGAUCUGGUGGCAAAAGGUCAUAUUCAAGAUGCGAGAGCCUUCUUCAACACCUUUCGUGAAGACCAUGAAAUGCUUCAUGCCAGGGACCUUCAGAAGUUGGAAGGAGUUCUUUCACCCUCUCAUAUACAGCUCUUUUUCAGGAGAUGGAAUUUGCUCAUACUCUUAGGCAGAGCAAAGUCAACAUCAAGAUGUGUGAGAUCGCUAAUAAGUAACUUCCUGUCAAAUUACCAGUAUUCCCAUGAGCUCCUGAUGCAGCAUCUCCGAAAGACAAAAUCCACCACAGUCCUUGGGAUUGUCAAUGAGCGAAUUAACUUCCAAGUUUCUCCUGGACAACCAGGUUCAAUAUCUGAUGAUGCCGAGGUUGUGACGCUAAUUGGAACCAGUCAGGAUGCAGCUAAUAAAAUUAACAAGAAAGAAGUACAUUGGGGGUUACUGGAAGAUACACUGGAAGAUCGUCUAGAAAAGGCAGGGGGUUUGCAAUCUGAUACAGAGAAGCCAGAAGGAGAAACCAAAGAUGGUGAGAUUGAUGACAAUAAGAAACGGUUGGCAGAGGGCGGAAAACAAGGUACUUCAGUAAAAAAGUCAAAAAAGGACAAGCCAACUGGCGGUUCAGCGAAAGCUCGAGCUGAAACUAUUGUCGUACCUGCAGCCCCACGUGUCAAACCGGAGCUUCCUUUACCAGUAAUGCCAGCAGAAGUCGAACAGUCCAUCCUUGAGGACUUGAGAAACCGCGUUCAGUUGAGCAGCACAUCAUUGCCUUCUGUUAGCAUGUAUACAUUUAUCAACACACAUAACAGUUUGAACUGCUCCUCAAUCUCAAAUGAUGGAUCAUUAGUUGCUGGUGGAUUUUCAGACUCCUCCCUAAAGGUGUGGGAUAUGGCAAAACUUGGGCAGCAAGCUAGCAGUUCUACUCCGCAGGCUGAAAUUGAUGCUUCUGUUGAGCACAUACAAGGGCCAAAUGGUAGCAAGAGAUCUUACACAUUGUUACAGGGCCACUCUGGUCCUGUUUAUUCAGCCACCUUCAGUCCACUUAGUGAUUUUAUUCUUUCAUCUUCUGCAGACACCACCGUUAGGCUGUGGAGCACCAAGUUGAAUGCCAAUCUUGUUUGUUACAAAGGUCAUAAUUACCCUGUCUGGGAUGUACAGUUUAGUCCUUUUGGACAUUAUUUUGCAAGUGCUUCCCAUGAUAGAACAGCAAGAAUUUGGUCUAUGGACAGAAUUCAGCCAUUACGAAUAAUGGCAGGUCACUUGUCUGAUGUUGAUUGUGUGCAAUGGCAUGCCAACUGCAACUACAUUGCUACGGGCUCCAGCGACAAGACGGUUCGGCUAUGGGACGUACAGAGUGGGGAAUGCGUCCGGAUUUUCAUCGGGCACCGGAGCAUGAUCUUGUCACUGGCAAUGUCACCUGACGGGCGAUAUAUGGCAUCUGGUGAUGAAGAUGGUACCAUCAUGAUGUGGGACCUCUCAAGUGGCCGCUGUGUUUCACCUCUAAUGGGCCAUAACUCAUGCGUCUGGACACUUGCUUUCAGUUGUGAAGGUUCUCUUAUGGCUUCUGGUUCUGCCGAUUCCACUGUGAAAUUGUGGGAUGUAACUUCGAGCACCAAGGGCACUACUAAAACCGACGAAGGCAAAACUGGAAACACCACCGGCAAAUUGAGAUCUCUGAAGACCCUGCCAACAAAGUCGACCCCGGUUUACUCUUUGAAGUUUUCCAGAAGGAAUCUCCUCUUUGCAGCCGGCGUCCUCUCCAAGAAUGUCUGACAAGAGAUGAUUGGUUAGCAAUCAGCGACAUGGUUGAAACUGAAGAGGAAGGGUUAGCUAAGAAACCGUAAGCGCUGGCCUGCAAACAGACUGCGCGAGAGUGGAACAGUUCGUGUUCUUUCUGAAUGAUCUGUUGGGGAUCCUUAAAUUUUAGAGGGAAGUAGAAAGCAGCCAUAUGUGCAUAUCUGCAAUUAUAUAUACAAUGGUUCGUCUUCUCGAUGUAAACGAUAUUAUACUUCUGUAUCAGGGUCGAUUCCUUGCACUAUUUCCUUAUCAUACGACUUGAGACUAGUUUAAAUGCCGAAGGGGAAAGGAAGUGUACCUUGCCCGUGCUCAUAAUCGUACCCAUAUGGUAAAAAAAACAUUAUGACUCACGUGGGUCGUGACCAUUUGUAUAUUGCGUC